AUGUCGCCUCUCCCUGAAAACCUCUCCAUUGCAUCUCUCCAGGUUCAUGCAGAUGACGAUCUUGCCGUCACCUCCGACGUUGCUGCUCCACUUCACGUCUCAACCACCUUCCGCUACCCUUCAAACCCAGCAGACCUGCAAACCGCAGGUGACUUAUUCAGUGCUCUUGAUGCCGGUGAGCUUUCACACAAUGACAUUCCGCACAUUUACUCGCGCUACACACAGCCCGUGUCAUCUCGUGCGGAAGCUGUUUUGUCCAAAAUCAUUGGCGGCCACGCUGUGCUCUACUCCUCAGGGCUCUCAGCAUUCCAUGCAGCCAUGAUUUAUUAUAACCCUAAAAACGUCUUCAUUGGCGACGGGUACCACGGCUGUCACGGCAUUUUGCACAUUCUUGAACGCAACAAUGGAACAAAAAUCCACUCCCUCGACGCAGACCCUGAGAUUCUUCAGCCAGGUGACGUGAUCCACCUUGAAACUCCAGUCAAUCCUACAGGAUUGGCCUUUGAUAUCACACAUUACGCCAAAAUCGCUCACGACCGUAAGGCUUUUCUCGUAAUUGACGCCACAUUUGCACCCCCACCCCUUCAGGACCCCUUCAAGUGGGGGGCUGACCUUGUCAUGCACUCGGCCACAAAGUACUUUGGCGGUCACUCAGACUUGCUUGCUGGUGUAUUGGUCACCAAAGACCCCAAGGUCGAGACUACUCUUAAGGCUGACCGUAAUUACAUAGGCACUAUCACUGCUUCGCUUGAGUCUUGGCUUUUGUUACGUUCACUCCGCACAUACUCUUACCGUAUUAAGAUCCAGGCUGAGAGCGCCAACGCCAUUGUUAAGUACUUUUACGAAAAUAGAGCCAAGUUCCCCGUGCUUAAGAAGAUUUACCAUUCUUCUGUACAGGUUCUUGAUGAAGAUCAGGAGAAGGUUGCCUUUAUUAAGGAACAAUUGCCUCUGGGUGGCGGCCCUGUGUUUUCAAUUGAAGUUGCCGAUGAGGAAAUUGCUAAAACUUUACCCUCAAAGACUUCUUUGUUCCACCAUGCAACCUCUCUCGGUGGUGUUGAGUCGCUUAUUGAAUGGCGUGCCAUGUCGGACCCUACUAUCCAGCGCACACUUUUGAGAAUCUCGGUUGGUGUUGAAGAUACCCAGGAUCUUAUCAAUGAUCUUUCCCAGGCCUUUAACCAGUACAAUUAG